UUCACAAUUGGCAGCAGUGCGCUCGGAGACUCUCGUUCGCUCUCUCCCUUGGCCGUCAGGACUACAAGGCGCUGAAGUCGGGCAUGGCUUUGAACCUGUCGGCCGAGCCGUUCCGCGGCCUGAAGUCCCAGCUUCCCCAUCACCUCCGCGGCCAAGCAGACAGCUCCGCCGGCUACUUCCCGAGCUCGCUUCAGCAACAGUCGGCUGAAGCGGCGAGCUCUUCGCUUAAGCUCGCUGCGCCGGAGUUGGAGCGCCUCAUCGUUCAGAACAGCAACGGCGUGAUCACCACCACUCCCACGCCGUCGGGACAGUACUACUAUCCGCGGGGAGCCACCGAAGAGCAGGAAGGCUUCGCCGACGGUUUCGUCAAGGCGCUGGACGAUCUCCAUAAGAUGAACCACAUGCCACCCCCUAACGUCUCGAUCGGGGCCGCGGUAGCAGCUUCGUCGGCCAGCAGCGGCUACGGUGCCUCCCUCCCUCAGGAGCCUCCUCCUAUCUACACCAACUUGACCAGCUAUAACCCUACCGGCGCCCUGAGUACCACCUCAAACUUCCCCAGUGCCAACCUGAGCUACAUGCCGCAGCCUCACAGCCUCGCUUUGCCCCACCCCGCGCGGGGUUUCAAAGAGGAGCCCCAGACGGUGCCGGAUGUGCAAAGCCCGCCCGUGUCUCCCAUUAACAUGGAAGACCAGGAGCGCAUCAAGGUGGAGAGGAAACGGCUUCGCAACCGCCUGGCCGCCACAAAAUGCAGGAAGAGGAAGCUGGAGCGCAUCGCUCGGCUGGAGGACAAGGUGAAGAGCCUAAAGAACGAGAACGCGGGACUCUCUAACACGGCCAGCGCGCUCCGAGACCAGGUAGCGCAGCUGAAGCAGAAAGUCAUGAACCACGUGAACAACGGCUGCCAGCUCCUCUUGACAACCAAGAUGCAGCAAUCUUUCUGAGGCGGUGAGGGACCGUGGCCGAUCGCCGUCAUCUCAAAAGACGUUUUUCCCGCCGGGAGAAAGAGAAGUGGACUUGUCACGCAAAAGUUUACACGGAGCCGGACUGACGUUAGGCGUCUCACGUUCCCAAGUCUGUGUUUCCUAGUUACGUCUGUGACUCAGUCUGGUGGAUCCAGAACUUCGAUCUGUGCUGAGUGUGUACAAGAUUUUUUUUAUAGCUGUCCGUGAGCGUGAUUUUCGUAUGUGUGUGUAUUUAAAAGAAACGCGUUUCUCUCUCGCUCUCGUACGGCUGCAUCGCUGGAUGGUGCAGUGGGACUGGAGGUACUCGAGACGGAGUCCAGAAAACUGGCCUUUUGGUCUCCUUCGUGCCAGUAGAAAAAGACAUGGACUUAAUUUAAUUUAUAACUGAAAAGAAAAGGGACCAGGACAGAGUUUGUCAGGGAAGUGAUGGAAUCUCAGCCUCUCUCUUCCCCCCACAAGAGGCCAUUGCGUGGACAAAAGGGCCAAGGGGAAGCGGGUUUGUUUACUAGCGUUUUUAAUACUUUUGAGUCCUCAAGUUCACCCCCACCCAAUGAUUGUAUUUGUCUGUGUUUUGACUUUUUAUGAAUUAUUUAAGUAAAGACGUUCGAAUUACUUUA